AGCUUCUCCAAUGCUCUGACAAAGAACACUGUGGCCAUGCUGGUAUGGCUGGCCCUAAGCGUCCUCAAUGGCAGCAUGGUCCACACCUUCUUACGCCAUAGUUUCUUCUAUGAGGACCCUCGCUAUAUCAUGUUUAUCUACAUGGUGAUCAAUGAUGCUCUGCAGCUGAGCCUGGUGACAGCUCUCUAUGUGGUCAGCUACAUAUUCAGACAAAUCCAUGCCUCGGUUUGCUGCCUGCUGAUAAUUUCAGCCGUCCUGACCACCCGCUCCACCCCGCUAAUCUUGGCCGGCAUGGCCGUGGAGCGCUACAUCUCCAUCUGUUUCCCCCUGCACUACAGCCACAUAUGCACUGUGCCACGCACCCUCUUCCUCAUCGGGAUGAUCCUCGUCCUCACAAGUUUGCCUCCUAUUACCGACCUCCUGAUUACCAUUGUCAAGGAGCCGCCACAGUUCUUCCAGUCCAACAUCUUCUGUGACCACUCACUCCUCUUCCGCGGCCAGGCCAUCUACUACAAGAACUGUGUGUUUGACGGGACCUACCUGUCCUUCGUUGCACUGACGCUGCUCUACACCUACUGUAAAAUCAUGCUGACAGCACGGGCAGCAUCCACCAGCCUGACGUUGGUGAAGAAGGCUCGCAACACCGUGCUGCUCCACGGCGUACAGCUGCUGCUCUGCAUGCUGGCUUUUGUCGUUCCCUCACUCCAGGCCGCUCUCAUCUACCUCUUCCCCCUCUUGAGCCUGGAGAUCCGCUACAUCUUCUUCCUGCUUGUCUACAUCAUUCCUCGUUUCCUCAGCCCUGUCGUCUAUGGUUUCCGUGAUGAGAAAUUCAGGAAGUACUGGACCCGGUACCUGGCCUGUCAGAAUGGCUUGACCUCCAGCGUCAGGCCCACCUGCUGA